AUGGAAUAGGCAUUUCACACAUUUUAAAAUCAUUAGUAUCGCUAAAAGUUUGCAGUGGAGCAACUCUAAGACGUUCACAUUUAUGACCUUGACUACUACGGUAAAGGCUUGAACUCGAUUGAAACUUUACACGAAGGAGAAAUAAUCAUUGGUACUCUUACAAUGAAAAGACAAUACGUGAAGAGUCAUGGAUUAUGCGAUAAUAUGUUCUCAUAUCACACAAAUAUCAGAGAUAAUACUAUUGAUGACGAUGAUUUCAAAGCUACAAUGGCUAUAGUUCAUGGAUAUGGAGAGAAUUCAGAUAUUUUCCUAGAGAGUGCUCUUCAAUACGCUCUUAAUGGCUUUGAUGUGCACCUAAUUGAUUUAAGAGGGUUCGGAAUGACUGGUGGAGUCAGGAUGAACAUGUGGAAAAUUUCAGAUUUACAUCAUGACGUGGUAGCUUUGCUUCAAUAAGUCAACCCUAAAUUACCUUUGUUGAUUUAUGGCCAUAGUAUGGGUGGUUUAACUAUUUUAACUUUCCUUGUAAACAAUCCGACCCUCAAUGUAUCUGGAGUUAUUUUAAGUGCUCCAUUCCUUGGUGUUCAUGAAAGCGCAAAACUUGAUGACAAAAAAAAAUUGACAGUCAAACUAUUAGCACCAGAGUUAGAGGAAUUCGUUGUUAAUCCAAGAAUUCCAGUACAUUUAGUUUGCAGAGAUAAAAUCGUAUUCAGAGAAUUCCUUUAAAACAGAAAGUUCAUCCCUUUCAUGUCUCUAGGAUAAAUUGAUAGCAUCAUUGACUUUCAUUCCGAUCUACCAGUGAAUAUAUAAGAUUACAAAUAUCCCACAUUGACGAUGCUUGCUGAAAAAGAAUUUCUUGUUAAUAAUAAAGACGCGAGAAGGAUCCUUAGCUAGGCUGGUUCAUAAUAAAAUGUAAUUGUAGAAUACAAAGACUGCUUCCAUGAACUUCAAAAAGAGCCAAACAAGGAUGAAAUCCAUGCUAAAGUUUUAUAAUUUGCAAUGAAUCUUUUGAAAGAUAAGAGCAAGCUCAAACCGUUUGGUGUUUUCAAUGAAAAAGCUCUGAGAUUUGGUAGACUAAAGAAGAGAGGUCCAGAUCUUGUAGCUGCCUUGAAAAGGAAAAUAUUUGCCAUAAUCAUAUAUCUUGUUAUUGGUUUCGUCUUAUCUAAAGGAUACUUGAAAGGCAAAACUCUUGCUACUCUGAUCUGGCCAAUUUACAUAGUUCUCAAGAAAUGGAUGGGGAUGAAAUGA